GCCACUCGGAGAAAGCAUAUUUAUUCAUAUACUCUUCCAAGGUUAAUAAGGCAAAGAAGUCAUGAGAAAGGAACUUUUGUUGCGAAGCGCCAAUCACCUUGCAUUUCCAAAUAGCGUGUGCCUGUUGGGAUUCCUGAGGUUUGUAAAAUUUAACCUCCGUGGUAGAGUCCGCAUCAGCAACGUCAGAUCAUUUAAAGGGAAAAGAACGAACUGUACCAGUACCUGUGUGCAUUCGAGCAGUAUGGAAGUGACGUACUUAUCCCAAUCGCUAGCACAAACGAUUGACAACGAAUUGAUGAGCGACGAUGUUGGUUAUACCACCGAGCAGUUAAUGGAAUUGGCCGGACUUUCCAUUGCGCAGAUAAUAUGUAAGGAAUACAGUUUUGAUAAAUUUAAAAAAAUUAUCAUAUUUUGUGGGCCUGGUAAUAAUGGGGGCGAUGGCUUAGUCGCGGCUCGCCAUUUGAAGCAAUUUGGCUACAACGUCACAGUUGCCUAUCCGAAGGAGAAUAAGAAGGUCUUGUUUCAGAGGCUGCUGAAUCUACUGCAGCAUUACCACGUGCCCGUCGUGAAGUCCGCAACAGGUGAAGACGUGAAGAUGUACGACCUAGUCGUGGAUGCCUUAUUUGGGUUUAGCUUCAAAGGAGAACCUCGGAGCCCCUUCGACGAGAUAAUCCAUAUCAUUAACCAGAGCAACAAGCCCGUCGUGUCGGUGGACGUACCAUCGGGCAUAAACAUAGACGGGGGCAGCGCAGCAAACGCCCUUUCUGUCAACUCCGAAAUGAACAUAUCGUUGAUGCUUCCCAAGGAGGGGGUUCGACAUUAUGGGAAGAAGCAUUACUUGGGGGGGAGAUUCAUACCGAAUUCCAUCGUGGAGAAGUACAAUUUGAAGAUUCCUCAAUUUGCAGGGGAUAACUCAUAUGUGCAACUGUAG